AUGCCGGCCAGCGCCGACGCGGGGGUCGCCGCGGAGGGCGAGGAGAAGCCGGCGGGCAGGGAGCUGCUGUACUGCGGCACGACGCGCUUCGACAUCAUGGGCCGGAAGGUGAAGGGCGUCAUGCGGGGCAGCAGAGGCAACCUGGUGUCCCCGGCGCGGCUGCGCCCUCUCGUCGGCGUGGACAUCCGCUUCGUCGCCUCCGGAUGCGCGGCUUGCCACUGUGUUGCGUUGGGCGCUGACGGCCGUUGCUUCACAUGGGGUCGAAAUGAGAAGGGGCAGCUGGGGCAUGGCGACACGCUCAUGCGUAAUCUGCCCGCCGUUGUUUCUCAACUUUCAAAAUACAACAUAAUUUCAGCAAGCGUUGGAAGAAAUCAUACGGUGCUCGUGACUGAUGAUGGGAAGUCCUUUGCAUUUGGUGACAACAAACAUGGGCAAUUAGGGACGGGUUCACUAAGGAAAGAAACUGUGGUGUCGCCAGUCCCCUGUCUUGUGACUGAAGCAACUAAUGCUGUCUGUGGUGCUGACUUUACUGUCUGGCUGUCAUCAGUUGAGGGCUCUUCAAUACUCACAGCAGGCCUUCCCCAGUAUGGCCAACUUGGUCAUGGAAGCGACAAUGAGUAUAAUACCAAAGUUUCAUCGGUAAAACUAUCAUAUGAUCCUCAGCCCCGCCCCAGGGCAGUAGCUACAUUAUCUGGGAAAACUGUUGUCAAAGUUGCAUGUGGAACAAAUCAUACAGUUGCAGUUGAUUCAAGUGGCUUUGUUUACACAUGGGGUUUUGGUGGUUAUGGAAGGUUGGGCCACAAUGAACAGAAGGAUGAGUGGCAGCCUCGUCUUGUUCAAAUAUUUCAAAAGAACAAUAUCCUGGGUCCCAACGACAUUAUCUCAGCUGGUUCUGCAAGUUCGGCGUGCACUGCCGGUCGCGGGCAGCUUUACAUGUGGGGAAAGCUGAAGAAUUCAGGCGAUGAGUGGAUGUAUCCAAAGCCAGUUACAGAUUUAAGCGGUUGGAACAUCCGCUGUAUGGCUUCUGGUAGCAUGCACCAUACUGUUGGCGCAGAUGACUCUUGCAUAAGCUGGGGUCAUUCUGAAUAUGGAGAGCUUGGUUAUGGCCCUACGCAGAAGUCAUCUGUAAAUCCUAAAAAGGUUGAUAUUCUUGAAGGAAUGCAUGUUACAAGUGUGGGUUGUGGAGUUGGGAUGUCUCUGAUUCUUGUCGAUAGGGAAAAUGUUGGUGAUAAGAUUGACCAGCUGGAUACUUUUGAUGGGGAUUCUGAUGCUUUAUUUCAAGAGACGCCGGACAAGGCGACCAAGAAGGCAACUCCCGCCGCCAACUCAAGGUCCAACAAGCGCAAGACUACUGUCGAUCAUCCCAAACCAGAAUACGGCACGGAUGGGAGCGGAGAAGAGACCAAAGAGGUGCAGCGUAGCCACGGGACCUCUACUAGAAGAGGCAGAGGCAGGGGAGCCAAGACGGCCGCGACUCCGGAGCCAAUGCCGUCCGGAAGGGGCAGAGGCAGAGGUCGUCCCAAGAAGGGAACCGGAAGCCCUGACCCUGCACCCCUGGAAGCCGGGAGCUCUGGACGAGGCGGAAAGAAGAGUGGGAAGCGAGGGAGGCCUCGAAAGUGAUCGGUCGGAUAGGGCGAAGUCUUUUUUGGUCAGAUCAGCUGGCAGCA